AUGCGCAUGCAGUUCUGGAGAGAUUCGCUCGAUAAGGUCUUUGCAGGGGUGCCUCCACAGCAGCCCGUUGCUUUGGCGCUCGCCUAUGCCAUCCAGGAACAAGAGUUGUAUAAUCAACAGCAACAGCAAGGUGGAUCAACCCCGGGUACUGGAAACUCGGAGAUGUCACUGAUCUGGUUCAAGCGCAUGAUCACAGAGCGAGAGCAGAAUCUGUCUGAUCCACAGUUCAUGACUCUUGGUCAGAUGGAGACGUAUUGCGAAAACACAUUUGGAUCGCUGCUUUAUCUGCAGCUGGAGUCUGUUGGCGUUAAGUCCCUGGAGGCGGAUCAUGCGGCCAGCCAUUUGGCCAAGGCUAUGGGUAUCGCCACUAUGCUGAGGGCGUUCCCUUUCCAUAUGCAACAGAACCGGAUGAUCAUCCCUGCUGAGAUUACUGCCAAGCACAACUUGUCGCAGGAGGCACUUUUCAGGAACCCAGCGAUAACCCCAGCACUACAGGACUCAACGCACGAGGUCGCAUCAGCAGCGCAUGUACAUCUUGCGACAGCACAGUCGUAUAUGGACAACUUGCCCAAAGCAGCUCUCCCUGUGCUGAUGGCGGGCAUUCCAACAGAGUCAUAUUUGCAGCGGUUAGAGCAAGCGGAUUUUAAUCCGUUGGCACCAAACAUCCAACAGCGCGAAUGGUUCCUGCCUGCGAAGCUGUGGUACCGCUGGCGACGGGGCAAACUCCUAGACAUCAAGUAG